CCUAAAACCUUCAAAAUGUCGUCAAAGUUAUCUCCAGUUUGCAGUUAUCUGCUCAAUUUUCGACCAUUCAUUCACAUUCAAUUCAACCUUGAUUGAUUCUUUAUUUUCCUGUGUCUAUUCACCUUCGAUAUAAUUUUAUCUUUCUCCGAGAUUCUCUACAGGAGUCGAUUUCGGAGAGUUCUGAAAGAAAUUUGUUCCUGUCCAAUUCGCAACAUUGUAAGUCACUUCUUACCAAUUUUACACCUGACUUUAUUUCUGGAUUAUGCCUUAACAGAAAGUGCCAAAAUGCUUCACUUUCACCAGUAUCGUUCUGCGAAAGCAUUCUUUCUUGCCUUUCUUAUGACCGAGUGCAUUUCCGGCAUAGCGGGGCUAACAAAAUCGCGAUAGUAUUUCAGAUAGUUACUUGAUAACGAUUCUACAAGAUGUGCGGAAUUCUCGGCUUGAUAUUGGCCGCAUUUGACGACCCUUCUUCCACCGCUGCGGCAGCGGAGAUACACGAAGCUCUUUACUAUUUACAACACAGAGGACAAGAUGCCUGUGGAAUCGCUACGUGUGCCGCCGGAGGUCGUAUCUAUCAAUGCAAGGGUAAUGGCAUGGCUGCAAGAGUGUUCCAGGAUGGAUCUCGUGUGCAAGAUCUUCCCGGGUUCAUGGGCUUAGGCCACUUGAGAUACCCAACAGCUGGAAGCAGUGCUAGUGCCGAAGCUCAACCUUUUUAUGUCAACAGUCCUUACGGAAUUACCUUUGCGCAUAAUGGAAACUUGAUCAACGCUCCAGAGCUCAAGCACUUUCUUGAUUUCGAAGCUCAUAGACAUAUCAAUACAGACAGCGACAGUGAGCUUAUGCUUAAUAUCUUCGCCAACGAGCUCAAUGAGACCGGAAAGGCUCGUGUCAACGAGGAAGAUAUCUUCAAGAGCUUGGAGAGAAUGUAUGGCAGAUGCGUUGGAGGUUGGGCUUGUACAGCAAUGUUGGCUGGGUUUGGCAUUCUUGGUUUCCGCGAUCCACACGGCAUUCGUCCUCUUAUCCUGGGCUCUCGACCAUCCUCCACUGUGGCUGGAGCCACGGAUUAUAUGAUGGCUUCUGAAUCUAUCGCUUUGACCCAACUCCAAUUCUCGAAUCUGGUUGAUAUUCUCCCCGGACAAGCCGUCAUCAUUAGAAAGGGCUCGAAACCGCUCUUCAGACAGAUCGUUCCUCAAAAGAACUACGCCCCAGAUAUCUUCGAAUAUGUUUACUUCGCUAGACCUGACUCGAUUAUUGAUGGCAUCAGUGUCCAUAGAAGUCGACAGGCAAUGGGAUAUAAGCUCGCCGAUACCAUCAGCAAAGUUCUUGGGCCAGAAGCAAUUAAAGAGAUUGAUGUUGUUAUUCCAAUCCCGGAAACUUCCAAUACAUCAGCUCAGAGUGUUUCGGAGCGUCUAAACAUCCCUUACUGCCAAGGUUUUGUCAAGAACCGUUAUGUAUUCCGCACUUUCAUCAUGCCCGGACAAGGUGCUCGUCAGAAGUCUGUCCGCCGCAAGCUCAGUGCCAUGGAGUCUGAAUUUGCCGGACGCACAGUGCUUUUGGUUGAUGACAGUAUCGUUCGUGGUACAACGAGUAGGGAGAUUGUACUGAUGGCCCGUGAGGCAGGAGCAAAAAAAGUCAUUUUCGCUUCCUCUGCCCCACCCAUCACCCACGCUCACAUCUACGGUAUCGACCUUGCUUCGCCUCAAGAGCUUGUCGCACAUAAUCGUGAUAGACAUGCAAUUGCUAAACACAUUGGUGCAGAAGAAGUUAUCUAUCAAUCCUUGGAGGAUUUGAAGGCAUCAUGUGCGGAGCUUUCUCCUCGCGACCCAAAGACUCAAGAGUUCGAAGUUGGCGUUUUCUGUGGUACUUAUGUAACACCUGUUCAGGAUGGCUAUUUUGAGCAUUUGGAGAAGAUUCGAGGUGAAACACGCAAGAUGAAGGUCCUGGAAAGUGCGAAGGAAGCUGUCCUUCAUGGUGUAGCAGGAGACAAGGAAUUCAGUCUCAUCACUCAGGGAGCAGUAGUGGACUCUAAUGGUCAGGUAGUCCCCGAAGGCCACCAAGAUAAGGUCAUCAAUGGAACUGCGAAUGGUAAUUCCAGACCCAAGCUAGAGGCCUCUGAAUCCAGUACGCCUUCAGUAAGAGAUCGUCAAGAUAUUAGGUAUGUUUUUUCACUUUCAAUGACUGGUCAUAGAGAACAUGCUGACUCUUAUAGCUUACAUAAUUUCGCUGAUUCCAACAGAGGUUAUGAUUGAAAUUUUCGGAAUUUGGAAAUACACUCAAACUUGUGCAAACUUUUAGACAUGGAGUAAAUAUGGCGUGGCUGUUUGAAUUUGAAUAUUCCAACUAGCAUAGAGGUCUCCACAGAUACCAGCGUCCAGCUCACUGACUGGUAUUGGAAGAGAUUGGCCUACCAAUCAACAAAUAUAAAAAAGAAUUUUCAUGAAACCCACAAUC